AUGGUUAGAAAAGUGAGCCAUUUUCAUUCAAAGUUGUCUGAUGAAGAACAGCAGCAGCAGCAAAAUUUCAUUAAGAGAUAUUUAGUACUGAAGAAUAAAGCAAAGAAUAAUUGCUGGUGUAAGUUAUGGAUAUGUAGUUUGAUAUUACUAAAGUUGAUAUCAUUGACAUUAUUGCUGUACUACAGAGGUGGUGCCCAAAGUCUAACUGUGAAAUACAGGUUAUCCAAUGACAUCAAAUGUCCAUCCAUUGACUUCAAUUACGAUAGCGAUGGUGACUCCCAAACUCAUGAUAACACAACUAUUUUCUUUGUGGAGGUCUCUGACCGAACUAACCCCACAUUUUUGUCCUUGUGUUCUUUGGAAUCUGCAGCAAGAUCUCAUCCCCAGGCCAAGAUUGCCUUUUACAUGAAAGGUCUUUCUGCUACAAAAGUUAAAACCUUUGGGAUUUCCUUGUUGAACUGUUUUCCUAAUAUUGAGAUCAGGCCAUUAGAUCUGAAAAAUCUUUUUGUGGACACUCCAUUGUCUUCAUGGUAUUCCAGCCUGCAUCAAUGGUGGCAACCUUAUCUAAUACCAACUAUCGCUGAUGCCUGCAGACUUGUCCUUCUGUGGAAAUACGGUGGGAUUUACUUAGACACUGACAUUAUUGUUCUGAAAAAUCUGCUUAAUCUCACCAACAGCCUUGGCAGAGAAGAACAGUAUUUACUGAAUACGGCUUUUUUGUCCUUUGAUCGGGGCCAUGAUUUCAUUGGAAACUGCUUGAAGAAUUUUGUUGAACACUUCAAUGGAUGGAUCUGGGGCCACCAAGGACCCCAGUUAGUAACCCGUGUUCUUAAAAAGUGGUGUCAAAAGAAGAGCAUAGCCAAGAUUCAACAGUGCAAAGGUGUAAGGAUGUUACCUCCUGAAGCAUUCUAUCCAGUUCGUUGGCAGGACUGGAAAAAAUACUUUGAGGUCAUGAGCAAGUCUGAAGUUCAGAAGUUACUGAAGAAUUCUUACGCCGUACACAUAUGGAAUAAAAUGAGUCAUGGAACCUCAUUUCCGAUGGGGUCGAAAGUGAUGAUUGACCAACUGAGUUCAGUUUACUGUCCUAUCUCGUAUAAAAUAAUGAGCUGGCAGGAAACAUAG